CUACUUGGCUUUGGGGGAGAAGAAAGAGACUUACUUUGAAUAUCAAAACAUGUCUAGCUCUCUAUUCUAAGUCUACCCUAUCUACAACAUUCAUAAAUCUCUCUCCCUCUCUCCGAUUAUAUUUGGAAAUAAUUAAGUUGGAUCUACAAGUGAAGAUUGAUCGAUGUUAGCUCUGUCUCCUGCGACAAGAGAUGGUUGCGAGGGAGCGUCAGAGUUUCUUGAUACGUCGUGUGGAUUCACAAUAAACCCGGAGGAGGAGGAUGAGUUUCCGGAUUUCGCUGACCACGGGGAUCUUCUUGACAUCAUCGACUUCGACGAUAUAUUCGGUGUCGCCGGAGAUGUGCUUCCUGACUUGGAGAUCGACCCCGAGAUCUUAUCCGGGGAUUUCUCUGAUCACAUGAACGCUUCUUCAACGAUUACUACGACGUCGGAUAAGACUGAUAGUCAAGGGGAGACUAACAAGAGUAUUUCGGGGAAAGGUGAAGAAGUCGUAAGCAAAAGAGACGAUGCUGCGGCGGAGACGGUGAAUUAUGACGGUGAAAGUGACCGGAAAAGGAAGUAUUCGUCUUCAGCUUCUUCCAAGAACAAUCGUAACAUCGAAGGGAAGCGAAAGGUGAAGGUGGAUUGGACACCAGAGCUACACAGGAGAUUCGUGGAGGCAGUGGAACAGUUAGGAGUGGACAAAGCUGUUCCUUCUCGAAUUUUGGAGCUUAUGGGAGUCCAUUGUCUCACUCGUCACAACGUUGCUAGUCACCUCCAAAAAUAUAGGUCUCAUAGGAAACAUUUGCUAGCGCGUGAGGCCGAAGCGGCUAAUUGGACACGUAAACGGCAUAUCUAUGGAGUAGACACCGGUGGUAAUAUUAAUGGUCGGAAUAAAAAUGGAUGGCUUGCACCGGCACCCACUCUCGGGUUUCCACCACCGCCACCCGUGGUUGUCGCACCGACACCUGUCCACCACCAUCAUUUUAGACCCUUGCAUGUGUGGGGACAUCCCACGGUUGAUCAGUCCAUCAUGCCGCAUGUGUGGCCAAAACACUUACCUCCACCUUCUACCGCCAUGCCUAAUCCGCCGUUUUGGGUCUCCGAUUCUCCCUAUUGGCAUCCAAUGCAUAACGGGACGACUCCGUAUUUGCCGACCGUAGCUACGAGAUUUAGAGCACCGCCGGUUGCCGGAAUCCCACAUGCUCUGCCGCCACAUCACACAGUGUACAAACCAAAUCAUGGCUUUGGUGGUGCUCGUCCUCCGGUGGACUUACAUCCGUCAAAAGAGAGCGUGGAUGCAGCCAUAGGAGAUGUAUUAACGAGGCCAUGGCUGCCACUUCCGUUGGGAUUGAAGCCACCUGCUGUUGACGGUGUUAUGACGGAGCUUCACCGUCACGGUGUCUCCAAGUUUCCUCCGACAGCGUCUUGUGCCUGAAACGCACAAGCGCCGUAGGCAAACCGAACCAAACAAAAUUCGACGACAUGU